AGAAAGGGGACUUCCGGUCAGGAAAAGGUGUUCAGUCGGUGCGAUUGUCGGUAACACCGCGAGACCUACAAUAUCUGAUAUCUUACGUUCGAUACGUAUGUUCAAUAGACUCGGCAGGUGUCGCUCUUCAAGAAAAAGAAACAUGGGUAUUCGUACCAAGGGUUUUUACAACUUUCAAUGGUAUUUAUGCAUACGUGCACGAUUCGCGCUGAUUAAUCAUGGACGACGCUGAAGAUGGUCACGAGGAUCCAGUUCCAAUGGAGAUGAACAACCUUCGAAAAGACGAGGAAGAAGAGCCGGAAAAUGUGAAACCUAGGAAUUCGUAUAUGAUUAACGCACUGGUCAUUUUAGCAGUUUUCCUGGGAUUUGCGACCCCUGUUGGAUUUCACAUGGCAGUUCUGAAUGCUCCAGAAACGGAAAUCAAACGUGAUUUGAACCUUGAACUGGGCGAAAACGAAGUCAUUUGGGGCAUAAUCGUUGCUAUUUAUGCUGCUGGUGCUGCUUUGGGCAGUGGUUGUCUCAGCUUUCUCGGAUCCAAUUGGGACAGGCUUCACAUGUGCCAUCACCACUGCAGUUGUGACAGAUCUAGGCACUUUGAGAUGGCAAACUCACCUGGGAAUGCUGUUGAAUCUGGGUCUAAACUUGGGAAUAGCACUCAGGAAUACUGGGCAGCUCUGCUAAACUCAAUGAUGCUCAUGAAGACAUCUGCAUUUUGUAUGAUGCUCUUGCUUUACAAGAAAGGGAAAGUGGUGCAGAAAAAUAUUGAACCUGAAGAGACCAACACGCAGGUUGUUCCUCUAUCGGAGGUCGAAAAUGAAAGGAAUACAGCAGAGGAAGCUUCGAGAUCAAACGAGUCUACCACGAAACGCAGUUGCUUGAGAAAAAACCUCAUCAAUCUGAACUGUCCGAUUCUUCACGUCUUGAUCCUGAACAUAGGACAGCAACUCAGCGGAAUAAACGCUGUCAUUUUUUAUUCGACCUUCAUCUUCACUAGAGCGGGGUUGAGACCGAGUUGGACUCAAUUUGCGAGUUUAGCAGUGGGUGUGACCAAUAUGGUAGCUUUGCUGAUUUUCAUGCCAAUCCAGGCUCGACUUCCCAGGCGCUUGACAUUGCUGACCUCUCUUAUAGGAUGCAUCGUGUUCCUGAGCGUGCUAGCUCUUUCUUUCAUCCUGCCAGAGUUUGCACUCUUCUCCCUAGUCUCUGUGAUACUGUACAUUGUGAGCUUCCAGGCUGGACUUGGCCCACUUCCUCAUUUUAUAGGGAUUGAAAUCGCCAAGCACCCAGAAAGCAAAAAGCUCCUGGCCUUUGGUUCCCUCGCCAAUUGGACUGCAGCAUUUGUGGUAGGACUCGGGUUUCCGGUCAUGGAGUCCCGGAUUGGAGCAACAGCGACUUGUUUCGUGAUCAGAUCAGACCUUGGACUGGGAACUAAUGAUGUGAUGUGGGGAUGCAUUGUGGCUGUCUUCCUGGCUGGAGGAGCCCUGGGGAGCGGGUCCCUGGGGAUAUUUGUCAGCAAAAUCAGCAGGAAAGUAGUAUUCAGCAUGGAAAUCACCCUAAGUUUAGCAUCUGGCGGCUGUUUCUUAUUCGCAAAGCCCUCAGAAAUUCCCGCCAUUCUUAUCCUUGGAAGACUCUUAGCUGGAAUUGCUGCAGGGAAUAAUUUGAUGUGGCCUUACCUUCUGGUUUUGCCCUUGGUUCUAAAAAUUCCGUGCUUCAUUGGACUGCUUUUCUGUCCUGAUGGAUCCAGCAGACAGUCUUCCUUUCCAACAACCACAAGCAAAGCAGCUUUGUGCAAGAAUCAGUCUGACACAACAUUGGAUGAAGAAACAAGAUCUUACUCCAUUGAAGAUGAUACACCAGGAGUAGAUUCUUUCUUGAAACAUCCAGUGGUGCUGGUGGUACUUCUGAAUGUGGGCCAGCAAAUGAGUGGCAUCAAUGUGGUUUUCUUCUACUCCACAAAGCUCUUCAGCAGAGCAGGCUUGUCUCCCUUUUGGGGCCAGGUUGCAUCUCUUGGGAUGGGGGUCGCUAAUGCAGUGGCACUUUACUGCUUCAUGCCAUUAGUGGCGAAUUCCAGGAGAAGACUGACUCUUCUGGUGUCGAUUGCAGCAUGUGCCUUGUGUCUUGCUGCUCUGGCCACCUGCCUGGCCUUUCCAGAACUCGGAAACCUGUCGAUUGCUGCAACUUUUCUGUACAUCGUUUCCUUCACUGUCGGAAUCGGCCCUGUGCCACUCUUCUUCGGAAAUGAGGUGUCGAAGCCGUCAGAAAGACCCAGGUUGCUGGCCCUUGGAACCCUCGCAAACUGGUUCACAGCCUUUUUCAUCGGCCUGGUUUUCCCAGUCAUGGAAACCCGAAUCGGAGCCACGGUUGGCGUAGGAAUAGAUUUGCACGGAACUACGUCUGCUCAUUCUUCGCCCACCGGAAUAAACGGCCGGGUUUUCCCUCAGGACUGA